AUGAGACCAUUGAUUGACGAGUUAAAAGAAUUAUGGGAAAAUAGAGUCCCUACUUUUGACUGGUAUAGUCAAACUUCAUUCAGGAUGAAAGCAACAGUGGUUUGGACCAUUAGUGAUUUUCCUGGAUAUGAGAUGUUGUCGUCUCAAACCACUAAAGGUUACAUGGCUUGUCCAAUUUGCUUAGGAGACCUAAAUGCUAGUUGGCAUGCUGGAAAGGUGUGUUACUUGGGGAGUCGUACAGGGCUUCCGGAAGAUCAUCCAUGGCGAUUUGAUGUGGCUUCAUUCGAUGGGAAGCAAGAUGAUCCUGACGUGUUAGCUCGGAAUCCAAAACGUCCUUCUAGAUUGGAGAACUGGACGCACAAGAGUAUAUUUUUUGAAUUGCCUUACUGGAAGAAAUUGAGAAUAAGACACUGCCUUGAUGUCAUGCAUAUAGAGAAGAAUGUUUGUAACAGCAUUGUGGGAACAGUUUUCGGGUUUAAAGAUAAGACUAAGGACAUUGUGAAGGCGCGCAAAGAUCUUCAACUCAUGAACAUACGCCCUCACUUGUGGCUAACAACGUCGGGGUCAAUGCCUCUUGCACAUUACAGGAUUAAUCCGGCUAAUGAGAAGAAAGUUUUCAAAUGGUUUGAAGCUAUUAAGUAUCCUCAUGUGGUAAUUCGACCAUAUUUGUGUCCUGAUGUGGUAGAGCCGUUAGUAGCGGUGUCUAAAUUCUUUCAGAAGUUAUGUGCUAGAGAGCUAGAGAAGUCAAAUGUUCUUAGAUUAAAAGAGGACAUUGUCUACAUCAUGUGCAAGUUGGAGCGGAUUUUCCCGCCUUCUUUUUUCGACAUCAUGAUUCACCUCAUGAUCCACCUACCAGAACAAGCGAUGGUACUGGUCCAUAAUAACAUCUUAAAUUUUAGACAACUUGGGGAGUACAAAAAAUAUGUCGGCAACAGAGGAAAACUAGAAGGGUCAAUAGCGAACACAUACCUCUUAAAUGAGUGUGUAACUUACUACGACUUAUGUCAUAGUAACACAACCGAGGCAGAGUCAUCCACAAAUGUCUUCAAUCUUUCAGUUGUUUCAAAAGUUGUACGUUCAUUUGGUAACUUACCAAAUUCGAACAAGUUAACAAAAGCUGAGCUCCGUGAAGCUCAUUGGUGCGUGCUGGACCACUGCUCUGAGAUUGACUACUACAAAAAGAAACAUUUGGAAAAAAUCAUAGCAAGACAACCAUAUAGAGCUGAAGAGAUGCACAAGAGAACUUUUCCUGAUUACUUUCUUAAUUGGUUUACCGAGGUGGUAAAUGUGAUGUCUCACCGAAACAUAUGGAGUGCAUCUACGCUUGAAGGGGAUGCAGAAGGAGCAUGUGAUGAAGAAGAGGCGCCAGAACCAUAUCAAGAAGAGUUAAGCAAUUAUAUUCCAGAUACACAGACUAUUCGCAUCAACAAUGACCCCCACUACGUACAUGGGAAUGCGUUCAUUACAAUUUAUGGAUCUCAAGUCCCACAUGUUGACAAUGAGGAGGAUGAAGAUGAGAACGAAGAUGAAGAGCCGCAUUAUGAGGAGGAUGAAGAGGAAGACGAAGACGAAGAGGACGAUGAUACGGAGGAUGAGGAUUAUGAUGUCAAUGACGUCUGA